AUGGUGACGGGAACAACUUCUCCUUUAGCUCUAAAGACAAAUCUCAGAACGCCAAGGAUUACCGGGGAAUCACUACACAUUGAUUUUUAUAACCUAUGCUAUUUGCACCCUAUAGGACCAGAAGAAAUUUUAGGACCUGCAAAUCACAUAACCAGAAGCCCUAUUUGGUUCAUAGAAAAAGAUGAAAAAAAGGACAAUACUAGACCAGUUGCUCCUGUGAAUUAUGUAGCUAUGUCAAAAGAAGAUGCUGCUCCCAUGUUGAAAUAUUGGAGUACACAGGUUUUCACGAUAUUUUGUGAUCCACAAUUGACAAUUAUGUACCAAUUCAUCUUCAUCUGGGAAGUAGUUCUUUCGAAUGGAUUGGUUAUGUAG